GGAAAUGUUUUGCACAGAAAUCAGAUCUUGUUCUACAUCACAGAAGUCACACAGGUGAGAAGCCAUUUCCAUGUUCUGAGUGGGAAAUGUUUUGCACAGAAAUCAGAUCUUGUUCUACAUCACAGAAGUCACACAGGUGAGAAGCCAUUUCCAUGUUCUGAAUGUGGGAAAGGUUUUGCACAGAAAUCAGAUCUUGUUAGACAUCACAGAAGCCACACAGGUGAGAAACCAUUUUCUUGCUCGGAGUGCGGGAAAUGUUUUACACAAAAAUCACAUCUUGCUGAACAUCGGAGAAGUCACACAGGUGAGAAGCUAUUUUCUUGCUGUGAGUGCGGGAAAAGUUUUACCUGGAAAUCCCACCUUCUUAUACAUCAGAGAAGUCACACAGGUGAGAAACCAUUUUCUUGCUCGGAGUGUGGGAAAUGUUUUACACAGAAAUCACAUCUUGUUACACAUCAGCAAAGUCACACAGGUGAGAAGUCAUUUCCAUGUUCUGAGUGUGGGAAAUGUUUUGCACAGAAAUCACAUCUUGUUACACAUCAGCAAAGUCACACAGGUGAGAAGCCAUUUCCAUGUUCUGAGUGUGGGAAAUGUUUUACACGGAAAUCACAUCUUGUUAUACAUCACAGAAGUCACACAGGUGAGAAGCCAUUUCCAUGUUCUGAGUGUGGGAAAUGUUUUGCACAGAAAUCAGAUCUUGUUCUACAUCACAGAAGUCACACAGAUGAGAAGCCAUUUUCUUGCUCUGAGUGCGAGAAAAGUUUUACCUGUAAAUCGCACCUUGUUAUACAUCAGAGAAGUCACACAGGUGAAAAGCCAUUUCCAUGUUCUGAGUGUGGGAAAUGUUUUGCACACAAAUUACAUCUUGUUAGACAUCACAGAAGCCACACAGGUGAGAAACCAUUUUCUUGCUCAGAGUGUGGGAAAUGUUUUACACAAAAAUCACAUCUUGCUGCACAUCAGAGAAGUCACACAGGUGAGAAGCUAUUUUCUUGCUGUGAGUGCGGGAAAAGUUUUACCUGGAAAUCCCACCUUCUUAUACAUCAGAGAAGUCACACAGGUGAGAAACCAUUUUCUUGCUCGGAGUGUGGGAAAUGUUUUACACAGAAAUCACAUCUUGUUACACAUCAGCAAAGUCACACAGGUGAGAAGUCAUUUCCAUGUUCUGAGUGUGGGAAAUGUUUUGCACAGAAAUCACAUCUUGUUACACAUCAGCAAAGACACAGGUGAGAAGGCAUUUCCUUGUUCUGAGUGUGGGAAAUGUUUUGCACAGAAAUCACAUCUUGUUGCACAUCAGCAAAGUCACACAGGUGAGAAGCCAU